CACAGAAUCGCCAGACUGGAAAGAACAGUAGAGAGUUUGGUUGACCGUCUGGAUGCCAAGAUCGAUGCCCUAGCUAGCCGGUUCAACGAAGAAACCCCUCCGAGGAGGGCAGAACAAAGUAUCAUUGAGCGUGAACCAGCUCCUGUGCUCCUCAUCAGGGAGGCUGCCUUAGACGCUGGCGUACGCUCACCGGAGCAGAACGACGCUCAUCCUGAAGUGUAUGCCGACCUGAUAUCUUCAGGGCUGGUUUCAUUGUCUAUCGCCCACUCAUUGGUCGAACUAUUCCAUACCCACUACGGCAGAUGGGUGAAGUUUCCAGAGGAUCUCUCAACACCGGCCCUUCUCUCACGGAUCAGACGAUCGUCGCUUCUUACGUGCAGUGUAUUGCUAAUUGCAGUCAGACACACCACGCCAGACCUUGCGGACAGACUCGCGCCUCAGUUGUUCCGAGAAGCAAAACGCCUUGUCACCUCCUCCUUACUCGUGGUGCCCCAGACGACGCCAUUCUUCCAAGCGGUUCUGAUUUUGAGCCUGUGGUCGACGACCAUCGGCCAAGUGCCGCUGAGUGUUGACAGCUGGCUUUUGACCGGCUAUGCUUUGCAGCAGGCAUUGAUCAGCCCGGACUUUGUGGAAGUCAUGCGACCCGACGCAGCUCUUCCGACCGUACAAAAACAUGUCGAUGCAUGGUGCCUUUGGAACCACCUAUGCCUGGCUCACUUACAGCAUGUCCCUCCCCUCGUCGCUCGCACCCGCCGCCAGGCUCAACUGACCGACGUCGACAUCGAACGCUGCGCACGAUUGAUGCAAACGGACAGCACCACCAACUACGAAGCGCGAAUGAUCGCUGAGGUCAAGCUGUACUGGAUCAUCUACCGCAAGUGUUGCGGAUCGCAACCGGAUCUCGAAGCCGUGAAACGCGCUCUAGCGAAUUGGCAGCAAGAGUUCCUCGUACUGUUUGCGCAACCUCGCUCCCAGUUCCUGCGCAUGGGCUUCCACUUCGCGCACCUCCUCGCCCACAGCAACCGCCUGAAAUCCUCAUCUCAAGAGUCAUCCGACAACAUGGCCACCACCACCACCACCACCAGCGCAUCCCUCGUCGCCGGAAUGCUGUCCCACGCGAAAAACAUCAUCGACCUCGCGAUCGACACCACGGACGACCGAACCCGCCACCUGACGGAUCAGAUCUACCACCUCGUCACGUUCGCGGCGCUCACUCUCUGUCGCCUCGUGCACACCUACGAGGCGAACCUGCGCGCCACGGGUCACGAUCUGGACGCGUUGGAUGGUCUGGUGGUGCAGCUCGUCGACUGGCUGCGGUCGAUUGGGCUUCCAACAAACCACACGGCAUAUAUGCUAGGUGAUAUUGUGUUUACGCGGUUCGCCAAACUGCGACCGCAUUCGCGAGUGCUGGCGUCGAUCACCGCCAGGAGAGGGGGAGGAGAGGAGAAGGUGGACGCCGACUUGGCGCAACCGCUUCUCGACGACAGGUUGUUCUCGGAUGAUGUUCCGGCGCUGUCGUAUCCCGGGUUCAUCGGGCUGGAGCUUUUCGACAUGGGGCUGGGCGGGGCAGAGGUGUCGUGGCCGCAGUGGGAGGGGGAGUUGUAUUCGUCGACGUAG